CCAGCAGCGUCGCUGUUGCGCAACGCGGAGGCGGGCUCUUAGCAAGGCGCGGAACCAGCAGCGCUAAUCUGUGAGGUGGGUUGUGGGGUGCUUUGUCGCCCAGGAAGGCAGGCGAAGAGAGGGGAUAAAGGAUCCGAUUAUUGCAGCAGCUGCCUUUGGGAGAGUUGUUGGCCAGCCUGGAUGGAAGUUGCCCGUUGGGAAGACACUUUCAGGCAGUGGGAUUUCCGUUCGCUUUCAUAGGAACCUGGAAAGGUUCGACCGGACGCAUAUUUACUCACAAAUCCUACUCUGUUCAGCGGGGUUUAAUCCCAAGGAAGUGUGCAUAAACAGCAGCCUGACUGAGAUACUGGAUUUUUAUUUCGGGGUGGCAGCUCACACUGAAGCACGGUGGUGCAAAACUGCACAGGGGAGUUUAUUCAUACUACAAGUAGGGAGGCGCAGCUUGAUUCUGGAUGUCGGUGUAGAUUUUUUUUUUAACUACUAAUGCUUAUUUGUCUACAGGAUUCUGAUCCUUAAAGGCUUAUAUGCGAGCCCACAUUACACUAGCCUGGCGAAAACUCCAACUCGCCGCAAUGGCUAGCGCUGUAAAGGGUCCCGAAUCUUUCCGGGAACGCGCGAGUGACCGUAGGCGAAAUUAAGCUGCAUUAGUCUUUCUCCAUGGGAUCAAUUACCCUGCAGGAAUAAACCGUCUGAAUAGCUUCUGUAGGAGACGGAAGCGCAGCCCGCCGACCUAGAUAAACUGGGAAAAAAAACUGGGGAAGGAAGGUAACUGCUAACGCAAAACGUGGAUGCCCUUCGCUGUCGGCUGGUUCUGCAUAAUUCCACCCUCCCCAGAGAUGGACACCAUUGGCUGCGAAUGGCCAGUCGGGCCCUAUUGAUCGUACGCAGGACUCGGCAUGUGCGACGUAGCGUCCAACUUGACUGUGAAGGAGUACCGGUUUGGAAAGAAUCGGAAACAGGGAGACAGGGAUGAGCCGACCCGUGAGUUGGUGGUGCUGAUUCCUGAGGUUCUUGAUCCUCAGUAUGGUAUGCAUGUUUGGCCUUGCGCAGUGGUUUUGGCCCAGUAUAUCUGGUUUCAUAGAAGACUUGUCUGUGGCAAGAGAAUACUGGAGGUUGGAGCAGGUGUGAGUCUUCCUGGAAUAGUGGCAGCAAAAUGCGGUGCACAAGUAAUAUUAUCAGAUAAUGCAGAGUUCCCUCAGUGCUUGGACAACUGCCAAAGAAGCUGCCAGAUGAAUAACCUCUCUGGGGUGCGCAUUAUAGGACUUACCUGGGGUCAUGUAUCACCCUGUCUGCUGACUUUAGCCCCAGUUGACCUUAUUUUGGGAUCUGAUGUAUUUUUUGAACCAGAAGACUUUGAAGAUAUUAUAAGCACAGUACACUAUUUAAUGGAAAAGAACCCACAUGCCCAGUUUUGGACUACUUACCAAGUCAGAAGUGCCAACUGGUCUAUUGAAGGAUUAUUAUACAAGUGGGGGAUGGAAAGUACAUGUGUGCCAUUGCAGUCAUUUGAAGCCAACAAGGAACAACUUGCAUGGUCUUCUCUUCCAGGGAUGUACACUAUUCAAAUGAUGGUUAUCAGUAAAAAAAUAAAGGACUGAAAUCUGUUCUGUAUUACCUUAGAAACCUUUCUAAUGGAUUUUUAAAUAAAAAAUGCAUCAAUUCCUUAUUUGAUGGCCCCACUUUAUCACCACUGGAUUCAAAUCAACUUAUUCUCAGCAUUUUAAUAUUUUUAGUACUGAAUUUUAUUCACUGUUCAUGCCAAUACUAAUUCUGCUGCAUAUUUCCUUUGAAUUAUUAAGCAUACACAUGGAUUUCAUAGGAAUAAUACCAAAAAUGUGGGUUGAAGCUACAAUCUUUUAAAAACAAUCUUUGUUAUAUAAGAAUGAGUCCCAUUAACUAAACAGGAUUUAUAAAGUAUAGGAGUGAAUUUGCUGGAUGAGUUUUACUUAAAAUGCAAACUAAUGUGAUCUGUCCUAGUCUAACAGACAAAACUGACUUAAACCAUCAGUUUAAAAAAAACUGAACACCAAGAAAGUGUUAUUUUUAUUAAACUACAGACACAGUGGUUAUAAUACAGAAUGUUUUAAGAGAUACUCCAAAAUCAGUACUUAAAAAGGAAUGAAUCAAAUGCUUUAACAUUACAUUUUUAUAUGCAAGUUCACAUAUGUAGAUGGUCUAAUUUACCAUUCUGGAAAAAUAAGGUGUGUAUAUCACCAGCUAGAUGUGCUCACUGUAUGCUCCAUUAUUUUAAUUCAAGGCCCGGGUGACUGGAAGUGCAGUUGUCAGGCAAUUACAAUUAACUGGACAGCCAUUUGUUUCUGCACGACAAGGCAUCUUUACAGGAGCAAUCAGGA